GUCGUCGUCGUCCCCGGUGAGGCUGACCCAUAAACCCUCGAAAACCAGUGAAAUCAGUGAUGCGCAUGAUCGGAGGUACACGUGAGGUCCAAGGAUGGGGUUGACCAACUUUAUAAUCACGGUGGCGGGCGUGAGCGCUGUGGUUCUGCUGUUGAGGAGCGACGUGAAGCAGUCGGCGGCGAUCUUUCGGCGCAACGUCAAGCACAUUCGAAACUGGCUGGAAGAAGAAUCGGCGGCUGCUUCCAGGGGGGCUGAGAAGGGAACCAAGGAACUGGAAUCAAAAGUCUCCAAGAAGGAUGUCCCCAAGGAGGAUGUCCCCAAGGAGGAUAAGCACUAGUUGGUGCAUGUGGUCUUGGAGAUGCAUGUGACAUGAGAGUUACAUUGUUGCCAUUUUGUUUUGAUAACUCUACUGUUCAUCAAGAAUAAUCCUGGGUAGAGGAUGAAUAGUCAUCGUUUCCUUUCCUUUGGAUCCACACAGGCCAAAAAGGAAAUAUCAAUCUGGUAAAGUUCAGAAUUUCGGUUUGCAGUGGAUCUAUUUUCCUAGAGUUACAAUAACCAAUGAUGUAAGCUCCUCGUUUGACCUCAGUUUUCACAAUUUGUAACAUUGCUGUUGAUAAGUUUUGCUGUCCCACUCUUUACUGUGCUCCACAAAUUAUUUCUCUGAUACAUCUGAUUGUAGAUAAUUGCGAUUAAUUAUUGAUGGUUGAUAUGUUUCA